GCUGGUGGAACAUCAGGAGGCAUGAAGACAGCACUGAUCACUGCAGCAUUUGUCCUGGUGGCUGCUGGACUGCCAGUCCUCCAGGGCAGCGACGACUCUCUUGUCCAACCCUCUGAGGCUCCGGUGGAGUCGCGCUCCCGCUUCGCCGCUCUGGACGACGUGCGCCUGCUGGCCAACGGCCUCCUCCAGCUCGGCCAAAGCCUGCGGGACUUUGUGCAGAAGACCAAGGGACAGAUCAACUACAUCUUCCAGAAGCUGAACAUCUUCGACCGUUCCUUCUACCAGCUGUCCACCCUGACCAGCGAGAUGAAGGAGGAGGAAGAGGAGCUGAAGAAGACCACUGUGGGGCUGAAGGCCAGCAACGACGAAAUCAAAGGGUUGUCUUUUGAGAUCAGCUCCAAGGUGGACAGCAUCCUGCAGGAGAAGAGCCACCUGCAGACCAAGAUAGAGAGCCUGGAGCAGAAGCUGGCAGGUCUGUCCAAAGGCAUGUUGACAAGUGAGCAAGCUGCAGAGAUCAACAGCCUCAGGGGUGUGAUCCAGAGCCAGGAGCUGAGCAUCACGGAUCUUCUGAGGUCUGUGAGGGAGCAAAGCGCCCAGCUCAACUAUCAGAGGACCAAGAUAAAGAACCUGGAGGAAAAGCUUACAGCACACACCCUUCCCCAGCAGACCUUGGAAAGGAGCCCUGCAACUUCGGACGGUGAAGCCCCAACACUCGCCCCGUACCUGCCCUCCGUGUGGAUGGGAGGCUCAGCAACGAUGAAUCUCCCUUUGGACUGCAGCGAACUCUUCAGCAGCGGGGAGCGAGUGAGUGGCGUCUACGCCAUCAGACCCAAUGGAUCAGAACCAUUCAAUGUCUUCUGUGACUUGAGUCAAGACCACGGAGCGACAGUCAUCCAGCGAAGGAAGGACGGAUCUGUGAGCUUCGAUCAAACCUGGCAGAUUUAUGAAAAUGGGUUUGGGAAUUUUCAGGGCGAGUUCUGGCUGGGCCUCAGGAGGAUUCAAUCUCUAGCAGCCCCGGGAGGCUCCGUCCUCCGCGUCCAGCUGGAGGACUGGAAACAGGGAAGACACUUUGCCGACUACCAUGUCCAACUCAGUGGUCCAGAGAGCAACUACACCAUCAACCUCAAACAUCUAUCGGGAGAUUUGUCAGAUCCCUUGAGCAACCUCACGGGCAUGAUGUUCUCCACCAAAGACAGAGACAACGAUAAGAGCCAGGACUCCAGCUGUGCCCAAAUCCACACAGGUGGAUGGUGGUUCAAUUCCUGCGCGGACGCCCACUUGAACGGCCGUUAUUUCCACUUUAGAUCCGUAGGACGUUCAGUCCGCCGACGAGGGAUCAGCCUGAAAGUGGGUCGGAAAUCGACCCACUCCUUCAGGUUCAGCCAGAUGUCUUUGCUGCGCUUCAGCACCAAACCUCCAGAAUCCGCCGAGACGGAACAAUUUUUCGCCACGUCAGACGUUCAGUAGCGACAGCGCUAACUAGCCUCCAGGCAUUUUAGCAGCACUUGGAUUUUUCCCAGACAGAGGAACAGGUGACAUAUCAUUUUCAGCCGAGGUGCAAGCUGACAUCUGCUCUGAACAAUGCACUGGUGAAACAUUAGACUUUCUUUUGUAUCAGUAUAGUUGAAUAUUGGUUAUGUAAAUCCAUAAAAAUGAAGAGUAAACUGCUACAAUGUUCAUUACAUUAUCUAGGAUCACUCGAUUCAGAUAGUUGCAUUGCUGAGGAAGAGAGUGGCGGGAGACUGGAAGUGCUGGAGACAAGCGACAGGGCUGUUCGGUAUAAGAGUGGCCGGAAGACUGAGACACUAGUGAGAGCUGCUAUGAUAACUCAGGGACAGGAAGUGGCAGAGAUGAAGAUACUAAUAUGAAACUACAGUUCAUAUGGAGACAAAGUUAGGGUGGCCAGAUGGUCCGUACAUGUUGGAUGGGGAACUAUAGAAAUGGGCAACAAAUUCUCGCUCCUCUGGUUUCAUACAUUUCCGGCACUGUCGCAAGGUACAUUAUAUACCAAGUGACAUCAACUUCUGAUGUAAAAUCGCAACCAAAAAGAGCGCCACCCUCAGUCCUAAUGAUUGCUCCAACUGUUCUUUAGGAAGAGCAAAUGUAGUGUUAAAGACUCUACGGGGAAGCGCUGCCUGUGGCAUCAGGAAAUGCCGAGACAUUAGAUGGAAUUGAAAGCCUAACGUGCCGCGGAAAGUGUCAGACGUGCUCCCUUUAUGUACGAAAUUGUACCUGUCCAUUUCACACGUUGUGACCGUCACUGAUCACAAUAUAUCCACCAAGGGCAGCAGCCCUCGUUUAUGACAACAACAAACUCCAAAACCAACAUGGCAACUGUGCAAGCUAAUGUACUGCUCAUGUACCUCUUGCACAGAAGAUUAAACGGAGGCAGCGCUGUAGGAAGUGGAGAAUUUCCGCCAUUGAUAUCGUUAUCGAUCUUUGUGUCUUUAGAGAUACGUAUUGGGUAGUAACAGCAACACCGCCCCCCACGGUUUCCGGUGGUACUGCACCACCUGGUCCGUAAGCUAAAGUUGAGCAUAAAAGGGCCUUCAGGAGUGGGAACAUGUUGAAAUGAGAUAAGUGAAGUAGAGUAUAGUAGUAUGUAUAGUAUAGUAGAGGCAGCCGACCAAUGAGGUUCAGGGAUGAAGUAUAAGAAGGAUGUGGGAACAAUAAAGGCAGUCUAAUCUAAUCUGUGGGAACAGGAACAAUGAAGAUCUUCGAUUAAAUUCCAUUUCUUCUGCAUCAACCCUUUGGUUUUCGGCUGUUGUUUACAGGUUCAUCUUAGACAUUUAAAAGCUCUGCCUUCUAUUGUACUGGACUUUCCACCAGAAAUACAUAUUCAAAGACUGUUGGGCCAGAAAAAGACGACCAGGUGGGCUGGAUUUGGCCCUCGGGCCUUGCGUUUCUUGCAUGUAAUUUGUAUGUGAAAUACAUUAUUGUGUUUCUAAAACAAAUCUGAGACCAUUUCAAGUGUAAUGCUGGACUAUAAGGUAAACAACAGUUGUGAUCACGGAAUAAUGAGUCUCGUAUUUGUCUGUUUCUCCGUGUCAGACUCACCAUCUUUGCCUCAGCUUCUUUUGGUUCGUAUCCCAUGAACGCUAAUACGGUGCUCUGGGAUUGUGCCGUCUCUGCGAAGCCUUUUAUUGUUGGAGAGUUUGCCUUGUUUUUGAUAUUCCGCACAUGGUCUGGUCCCAGAAGACAGCUUUGUUAAGAGAAGUGUUGUGUCUGUAAUAAACCCUAGGGGGCAGAGCUGCGCUCUCUCCUCCCUUUGCCUGGUAUAAUUAGCCUGACAAAUGUUU